AUGUUGUCCGAUUUAGUUGAUGAUGAGCUUUUAUCUGGAUCUGCAACAUUACCAGUCUCAACAAAACCGAUGGUUAAUAUGACUAAUACUAGCGAAAUUUAUUCCCUACAUGAACAUAUUGCUCAAUCAUCUCCUUCUGUUGGUAGUGUUCCACCAGUUGAUAGAAAAUUUUCUGAUCCCGAUUUUUUACCUACACCCGAAAGUAUUGCACGAGGUGAUGAAGGAACAGCUUUUCUCGGUGUCAAAUAUCAAGGACGUGUAGCAAGAUGGCUACGACCUGAACGUAUUCGAUGGUCUAGUGAAGAUAAACAAUAUUCAUUAGCUGUAUUCAAUCAACCACAUCCAAAAGAUAUUAUUCAAGGUCGUCUUGGUAAUUGUUGGCUUAUUGCUGCAUUAUCAUUAAUUGCUGAAGUACCACAAAUUCUGUAUAAAGUUAUGAUUACAAAACAAUACAAUUCUGCUGGACUUUAUCGAGUUCGUUUAUGUAAUCAAGGUAUUUGGCAAGUAGUUACUAUUGAUGAUAUGUUACCUGUGUCAACAUCAAAUUCCCUUGUCUUCUCUCGAAGUAAAAAAAAACAAUUAUUUGCACCAUUAAUCGAGAAGGCAUUAGCAAAAAUGCAUGGUAGUUAUAUGGCUCUCAAGUCUGGAAGAUGUGAUGAAGGUUUACAAACAUUAACAGGUGAACCAUGUGAGGUACUCUUUUUACGUUCAUCUGAUCCUGAAAAAAAACCAGAUCUUAAUCAAAUAUGGGCUAGUAUUCUUGAAUCUAGAGCUAAAGGUUAUCUUAUGACAUGUCCAUGUUCAAAUAAACGCUUUAGCGAACAAAUCUUCAGUCGAAUGGGCUUGGAGUCAGAUCAUGCCUAUAGUAUUCUCGAUGCACGUCAAGUUAAUUCUCAAAGACUUGUACGUUUACGUAAUCCUUGGGGUGAAAAAGAAUGGAAAGGUGCUCUAACUGAAAAUUGGACAAAAUGGCCAAAGACUAUUAAACAUAAAUUUAUACCAUCAUCUGCUAAUGAUGGUGUCUUUUGGAUGCCUUGGGAACAAAUGCCUUCAUUCUUUAGUAGUGUUACAAUUUGUAAAGUUAAUGCAAAUUGGCAUGAAGCCCGUAAACGAGGACAAUUUAGUGAUUUUUCUUCUACAAUAACAUCUGCCUAUGGUCUUGAUUGUCCAUAUGGAGCAGAACUUGAAAUUGAAGUGUUUAAUGCUGGUGAUGGAAAUUAUUAUAAUCGUUUAAAAGAUCCUGAUGUUGAUCUCUUCCUAAUUUUACUUAGUGCAAAUGGUUAUUGUCGAGCAUAUAAACAUGAUGUUGAUUAUUAUAUAACAUUAUCAACAACAGUACCACCAGGACGAUAUAUUAUAUUAGCGGGUUCAAUGUCUGUUGUUAAUUAUUUGGUUUAUCCAGCAUUUAAUUUAGUUGUACAUGGAAGUCAACCAUUUGUUGUACAUGAUCAACCAUCAUCAUAUGAAUUAGCUGCUGAUGCUUUUCAUGCAGUUGCCUUUCGAGCUAAUAAUCGACAGGAUAUGGGUGGUGGCGUUUCGAUUUUAACAUUUGAUGAUAAUGGAAAUUUUGGUCUUGUGUGUGAAAAUAAAUCUAAUCGAACAGUUCGUCUUAGUAGUAAUUUUCAAGGCUCAAAAAAUGUUCUCUCAUCCCGACAUGCGUUUCAAAUGAUUGAUACAAUACCUGCUAAAACUCAACAACUUAUUGCUAUAUUUACACGAAAAAUGUUUUCUAAUGACGUACAAAUCGCGUAUCAGGCUUCUGGUGAAUUACUUGAUCCUGAUCAUUAUAUUCGUGCAAGAAACAAUCCAGCUAUCCCUCCUCAGGCUCUUGGUCUUCAUAUAUUGAGACCUGUUUAUUGA